CUUGAAUUCUCUUCUCCCUCUGGCGGCGGUGGCAGCGGCGAUUACCGUACGACGACAACAUCCACAGCAUCCGAAUGGUGGGGUCAUGGAGGGAUCAAGUGUCGGCGCAGUCGCGGAGUGCAGUGAUCAAUGAGAUGUGCUCCCAACUGUUGCGCUUGCAGGGUGGCGACAAAGAACGUUUACAGCAAACCGUGAUGAAGUACGAGCACGCCGUGUGGACGAAAGCGAACGACAAGGAGUCGUAUAUGACGACCUUGAGAGCGAAAAUACUUUCGUUCAAGCAGCGACCUAUCGCGAACGACGCAACACCCGUGUCCCCGAUUGGUGUACUUCCAACAACCAACAACGGCGACAUGAGUGUGCCGGCGAGCCCCCAAGUCAAGUUGGAUACAUCGCUGAUGGAAGUGGACAUUAUUCCGUUUUCAGAGCAACUCCAGCAACCAACCCAACCGGCACAAAUGCCUCAAGAUAGUUCAAAUACCACAUCAACAGCACUCCAUGAACAGUACCAGCAGCGCCGUGUCGAGCUGAUCAAGAACCAGUACAACGAGACGCAUCAGUGCUGCCAAACGCAACUUGCCCAGCAAUCGCAACUGUCCGCGUCCCACGUGCAGCAAAAUACUCCGAUGGCGGCAAGGCAACUGCAAAUGACCAUGCUCCAGUUGCAGCACGACAUGGCGCGAAAUAACUUGAUGCAGCACCACAUGAGCCAGCAGAACAACUUGAUCCAGCACCACUACCAGCAGUUGCUGGCUCUGGCCAACCAGGAAAUCAGUAUUUGAUGAGCACACCGAACGCUCUUCAUGCGGCGACCAGUGUCUGUGUCCACUCCCGAGUGUUUUGUAGUAAUAUAUCUAGUCUCACAGCAC